AUGACAAGGGAGCCAAAGACAUUCGCAGCAGGCUACCGCUCACAGGAUGACGGAAAUAACCGUCAGGAUAAUCCCAGAAAGGAACGUGAAAUGAUACCGUUCUUCAGCAACGACGAACAAAGUCGAGAUACAAAAUCCAAGGUAUCGAAUAUCGGACAAAAAGAGUCACAAAUAAAAUAUGAUUAUCAUAAACAAACAGGUCAAAGCACUACAAUACCACGGUUUCAUAUCCCAGAGGUUAAAAAUAAUAAUACAAUGACAUACGGGAAGUUAACGCCACAAUACCGUAGUAAGAAGCCAUUAAAUAUAGAUUUGGCGCAUUUGAAACGCAUAACAGCCAAGGUAGAACCAGGCUCACAUGACUUAGAUUUCUUCAAAAAUAUCACCGAAUCAAAAUGCGCACCUACGGAAUAUAACGAUAACAACUCGGUAAAACACAGCUCCAAUUGCACAUUCGCAACCUCGGUAGAAACAUUAAACAACCUCUACGACGACGAUGAUGAUGAUGAUGAGAUAGACAGCGAAAUACAUGAUAUAGACUCGUUAUAUUCCUACAAUGCGGCUACACCGCCACAGGUGUCACACUGGUCACGACAAGACGAAAACAUCCUAUCGUCCAUAGAUAUAAAUAGGCGACUUAAAGACAGUUGUGAGACAUCCACUCUAGCCAGAGUAUCAAGGUAUACCGAGGACAACGUAAGCGUACAGGUUAACAUACCUGGACGAAAAAAUGUCGCAUACGCAUUCUCGAAACGCAUAAGAUCACCGGAUCCAUCGACUAUACCUGUGCCAAGGACACAGCAAUAA